AAGGGGGAACCCUUAGCUGCUGGGGAGGAGCUCAACGAUAUUUGCUGCAUAAUAUGCAAUUGGAUCUAUAUGUGCUUAGAGUCAGUGUACAUGUCUAGCCUAUAUAAACAAGAUGCCUCUGUUUACAAUAACAAAAAUAAAGUCUUCAAUCUACUGUCAAAGUGAACUCUCUACUUAUCAUUCAAGAUUUAGCCAUGAAGUACCUAUCAACUCUCCUCAGCCUUGUGUGCAUCAUGCAGUGCAUGUUUGCAGCAAUGCAAGCUGCAUGUGUCCCUGCAAGACUUCCUGAAGAAGAAAAUAUGCAAGAGAAAUCUAGAAGCAGGUCAUCUGGCUCUGCACAAUGCAGCCCAUCUAGCUCACUCAGUGAGACUGAACUGACUGCUCUGACCACAAUGGCACAGAAGUACUUAACAACCCUCUCAGACAGAAUGAGAGAAGCUAAAACUGCCAUUCAUAUGAGACUGUCUAUGAGCAACGUCAGCCUACCAAAUGGCUUUUAUCUUGGAGAAGAAGUAGACAAUGAUUAUCAGGGACAAAUUGCAUCUGCAGUCGGCUAUCUAUGCUGCUCUGUACCUUACGUAUUAGAUGUUAUGAAGCAAGAGGCAGUCAAUGAAAUAUUAGGUGUGUCUUCCUACUUUCAUGCCGUCUAUGAUAUACUGGACCCCGGAAGUGAUUCCAACCUGUCAAAGACUCUAGAAAAAAUUGUAAUAGGUGCUCAAUUUAACAGCUGCCACGUACCAGAGCCAGCGUGCCGGCCACUUUCAGCUCAAAACCAUAGUGCAGCUGUAUUUGCGGCAAUCGUGGCUCAGGACCUCAUCAACCUCUCUAGUGACACUCUACUCGCCCUGAACACAGCCCUAACAGAAUAAAAACUGCCCUCCAAGCUUUAUUACAUAACUGUGAGAUGUAGAACAUUAUUUAUUAUUAUUUAUUUUCAUUAUGUAUACAUGUAUAGUGGUAUCGUAAACCUGCACGGUACCAUCUUAAUAUUUUUAAAUCAUAUUUCAUGGAAUCUUUGAUUUCUUGACCGGAUCAAGCUAUUAAUAUAAUAUUAUUUCGUCAA